AUGACAAGACAGUGCCAAAACGGUAAGGCAAGACCCAUUGAUGCAGAGAUCUUGCAGCACACUGCAUACCAACUAUAUUUAGUGAGUAACAAGUUUUUUCUAUAUAUCGAAGCGACGCCAAGCGGAAGUACAAGUUCUGAAACCAGACCGCUUCUACCAGAAAUGCACUACCGGCCAACGAUUUCCGUCUCAGGACAGCAUGCUACUAUUGACAGCGAGCUACUAAAACCAUAUGAACAGUCCUUGUCAGGCGGGACAGUUCGGCGGCUUGUGUUCUCGUUUGCACUUGUCGGUUUGAUUUCCGUCGGUUUAUUCUACAUUCUACUGGGCGUUUCGGUGCUAUUAGCGAAGUUCGUACGACUGUUCCGCCGAAAGGAGUCAAAGCCUAUCUCCCUGGCCUGA